UUGCUGUUGUAGACGCGGACGGAAUUCUCAAAGGAAUUUUAACUCAGUCAAGAGUAGUUAAUUACUUUUAUGAAAAUGUGACCAAAUUUCCACCAAUUGAGCAACUUUUCCCAAAAACGCUCAAUGAGCUUGAUAUAGGCAAGGGCUUUGUAGUUUCUGCUCUAAGUGAUUCAUUUGUGCUUGACGCGUUGACAAUGAUGAAUAAAAAUGGUCUCAGUUCUAUUGCUAUUGUGGAUUCUGAUGGGUUGUUAAUUGGCAACAUAAGCAUGACAGAUAUCAAG